UCCAGCGGCUGGUUGAAGCAGCAGCAGCAGCAGAAGCAGCAGAAGAAGAGGCUCUGUGUUUGUUUGGAUUAGGGGGUUGGGCUGCCUGCUGGUAGGAAACCGCCGCCAGACAUCCAGUUCGUCCCCGGCGGUGCAGCGUUGCUUUCCCGCAGCCUCAGCAGCAUCGACUCCGCAGCGCAGCCUCCAGCCUCACCUGCUCCUCAUCUGCGCCGUUCCUCCGCCUCUGUCCAGACACAAACACUGCAGCACGCAGGGAGACGGACGGACAAGGACGACCGGCUGAGCAGUCUUCAGGGAAAUAAGGGAAUAUAUUGAAGGUCGGUGAAAGAUGGUGAAACUGGGGAGUAAUCUUCAGGACAAAGGGGCCAAACCUGUGAGCGUGGAGGACGGCUUUCAGAAUGUGCCCCUCAUCACUCCUCUGGAUGUUGGCAGCCUGCAGGGCCAAGCACCUGAAAAGGUGAGCAGCCCCCACAGCCUCAGCGAUGUGGUGGUGAAAACUCGCACGGAGUACCAGACAGAGAAGAAGAGGCUGAAGGUGCCAAAGGUGGAGGAGUUCACCAUCAGCUUCACUGACGGUGUGUCUGAGAGACUGAAGGUGACGAUUCUGAUCAUCCUGGCCCUGGCCUUUCUCGCCUGCAUUGUGUUCCUGGUGGUUUAUAAAGCCUUCACCUACGACCACGCCUGCCCAGAUGGAUUCAUUUAUAAGCACAAACGGUGUAUCCCAGCCUCUCUUGAGGCCUACUACGCCGCCCAGGAUGCCAACUCGAGGGGCCGUUUUUACACAGUGAUCAGCCACUACAGCAUGGCCAAGCAGACCACCUCGCACUCUGUCUCCCCCUGGCUGCCUGGAGGAGCAGGGGGGCAGCAGCGUGACGCUAAACCCCCGGCUGGCGAGGGUCACUGAGUUAGCUGAACGGUUAAUGGGUGUUGUACACAAUUACAAACACAUGCAGACAGAAAACAGAGACAGGGAAAUAUCAAGGCUUACACACACGCACACACACACACACACGCGCACACACACACACACACACACACACACACACACAUUCACACACAUACACACACACACAUUCACACAUGUAGGUAAUAAUUUUUGAAAUAGACAAAAGAGACACAAAACCAGUAUAUAAUGCAGAUAUAGAGAGAAAACAUGCAUGCAGACAAAUCCACACAAAGAACAUGCUAGGUUAUUGUCUGAUUUACAUCGACUUCCCAUUUUUGUGCUCAAUCUAUUAUCAAGGGAAACCAUUGAACCUUUGCUCUCUUGUGAUUAUCAUUGUCUGCUGAUACACACACGUGCACACACACACACACACACACACACACACACACACACACACACACACACACACACACACACACACACACACAAAGUCUGCUCUCUCAUUACCAUGCCUAUUCCCCACCUCUAGUUUAUGAUUUAUUUAUUGACUGUCAGGUUAUAUUUAUUUUUUAACUGUAAUGUAUUGAUGAUUUUUAUUUCAUUAUCUGACUCAUCUGUAAAAAGACACAACUUAGUGCUGAAAUUCAAGCAUCUUCAUAGUGAGAACCUCUGGAAUAUCCACUCUUUUGUUUUUCAAGUGCAUACACUGUAGUUACUGUAUAUUUAUCUACAGCCCGCUUGCUUUCUCGCUUAGUUCAGUCACCUCUGUCACACACACAUACACAGCCUACUGGAAACAAAAAAACUAACAUGAUCUGGUUUUGCCGUAACACAUUUUCAAACACAACAUCUCACCUUUACUGUCCAAGGAAGCUUCUACGCUCAUUUCCAAAUCCGGAGGUGAUUGAAUGAAUUUUUUCCAUCAUGGCUGUUUGAUAGCUCUCAUAACAUGACAUGUGCUGUGCUCUACAUUUGAAAUCCCAUAGUGAACUGAGCUGUACAUACAAUUGUGCGUUCAAGCUAGUUUUGUGUUUUUGCCUUGUAGUAGCUUUUAUUAGAAGGUUAUUCUUGCUUUUUUUUCACAAAACCUACAGUUUACUUACAUACUGCUUCAGCUGCCAGUCCUGUUGCUCCAUUAAAAACAACAUUGCAGAUGGAAAAGGAAAUACCAGUGCAUAAGACCAUAUCUUGCCAAAACAGUUUGUUUUCAGCUCUGUUUUAAUAUGUUUAUCGAUGGGCUUAAACUGCAGCCAAUCUUUUUUUUCCAUCUACUGUUAUUUUUCAAUUUGCAAUGUUGGAUCUGUUGUCAAGAGCGCCUUUAUGGGGUAUUGUGAUGUUGUUAGUUGAUAUGUAGCGAUACUUGAUGUAAUUUGUGCAUCCUUGUUCCUCUCUUCUCUUGGUUUGAAUUCAAAAUAAAACAAGCUGUGACCUGUG